AUUGCUUCCAGCCUAUUGCCACAGGAAGAGCUCGUUCUUGACCGUUGCGCACCUCUUACCUCCUUCCAGCACACCGUGUCCGAUUAUCGUUGGUGGCGAGAACAGAACUAUCCGGAUGAAAGGCAAGCACUCCUGCUCGUUCUCAACAGGACCCACGCGACCCUCGAAACAUUGGCGCUCGUGGCGGAGUUGUCGCCUCUCAACGAAAUAUUCACUACGCUCGCAUGGCCGAAUCUCCGCGAAUUACGCCUCCUCGGCGAGCGCAAGGCGAUCGGAGACUCCUCACUCCCAUUUAUCACCCUGUUCGCAAACAUGUCCCGCCUACGACGUGUGGAACUCAAGCUCGCGCAAACGGCAGGCGUCGAUCCCCAGCCAUUCUGGCCGCCUGGCCACAAUAUCGUGGAGUGGCCGUGGCCGAAUCUCCGUCACCUCACGCUCUCUUGUCCACACGUCGACGACCAAAUCUACAGCGCCCUUCCAUUGACUCUUGAAAGCCUCGCGCUGCGUUAUACCCCUCAUAUGCUACGUGGCAACGCCGUAGGCAUGCGCUGUCAGUGGCCGCUCGUGAGGUCUUCGGAGAUGCUACAAAUCUUACGGCGAUGUCGGUGCGCGCGUCUCACCAGUCUGGAGUUAGAGUAUCGCGAGGACGAGGCGGAUGCAGAGCUCAUGCAGCAUAUCGGCGCGUCUUUCCCCGCGUUGACCUCCUUCAAGCUGCUCAGAUACCGGUCGGCCGCUGACGCUGAGGCCGGCCCCCUGGAACCACUCCUUUGCAUGCUGGGAGCACAUCCCCAUCUGCAAAGAAUCUGUCUUCACCUCGAUCACCUCGACACUACGACUUCUUUCUUGUUUUACACGGGUUACAAAUACAGCAUUACGCACGACAAAUUGCUGCUGGAAACGUUCUUGGUGUCGACGCAGUCGCUCGCGGACAGCCUGGCGGACGCGUCAGGCCCAUCGCUGGAGACGAUCACGCUUUGGACUCCGGACUCCGAUUUUCCGUACUCCUGGUUCUGGAAGAGCUUCGCGGUCGUCCGAGACGAGGCCACAGGCGUCGGUGUGCGCGCAGAGGCAGUAAAGCCAUGUGCAGAAGCAGUGAAGCCGCGCACUCACCGUCGUUGAUGAGCUCCGCGUCACUUCACUCCGAACCCCACCCUCAAAUAUCCUUUUCUCAUCCUUCAACC